UGACAGAAGCUCGGAGCAGAGGCUGGAAGGUUGUAGAGCUGCUGCCAGUCUGUACCCGGCUGCUGCAGCUAGAGACGGGCACGUCACACCUUGGCACCAGGUAGAAGAGGAUGGCGGCGGAGAUCCACCCCACACCCCUCACCCGCAAACCCAUACUAAUGAACAAGGUGGAAGGAUCCCAGGACGUGGUGAAUAUGGCUGUGAUUGUGCCCAAGGAGGACGGGAUGAUCAGUGUGUCGGAGGACAGGACUGUCCGUGUGUGGAUGAAGAGGGACAGCGGUCAGUUCUGGCCCAGUAUUUAUCACGCUAUGCCAGCUCCAUGUUCAUGCAUGUCUUUUAACCCGGAAACCCGAAGGCUGUCUGUGGGGCUAGACAAUGGUACUAUCUCAGAAUUUAUUUUAGCUGAAGAUUAUAACAAAAUGACCCCCACAAGAACGUAUUCUGCACACCAGAGCAGAGUAACCAUGGUUCUCUUCAUUCUGGAGAUGGAGUGGAUGCUGAGUACAGGUCAGGAUAAGCUCUUUACCUGGCAUUGCUCAGAGACUGGGGAACGUCUAGGAAACUACCGCACUACAGCCUGUGCUUCAUGUCUGCAAUUUGACGUGGAGACAAGACAUGUGUUUGUUGGUGACCAUUCUGGGCAGGUCACUAUUCUAAAACUUGAACAAGACAACUGUAGCCUCAUUACUACAUUUAAAGGACAUACAGCUGGUGUGACGUCCUUGUGUUGGGACCCGGUACAGAGACUUUUAUUUUCCGGCAGUUCUGACCACUCCAUUAUCAUAUGGGACAUCGGGGGACGAAAAGGAAUGGCUCUAGAACUGCAAGGACAUCACGACAAGAUCCAGUCCAUCGCCUAUGCGCACCACUCCAGGCAGCUCAUUUCCUGCAGUGCGGAUGGUGGGAUAGUAGUCUGGAACAUGGAUGUGGAGAGACAGGAGACUCCAGAAUGGUUAGACAGUGACUCUUGUCAGAAAUGUGACCAGCCCUUCUUCUGGAACUUCAAACAGAUGUGGGACAGCAAAAAGAUAGGCCUCCGACAGCAUCACUGCAGAAAGUGUGGAAAAGCAGUUUGUGGAAAGUGCAGCUCUAAGAGGUCCACGAUUCCCCUCAUGGGCUUUGAGUUUGAAGUACGUGUGUGUGAUAGCUGUUACGAGUCCAUCACAGAUGAACAACGUGCGCCGACUGCGACAUUCCACAAUAGUAAGCACAAUAUAGUCCAUGUAAACUUCGACCCCACAAGAGUCUGGUUAUUGACGUCCGGAACAGACAAGGUCAUUAAGCUUUGGGAUAUGACGCCGGUCGUCUCUUGAUUUUACGUAUGGAUCGACCUUGAGAUCGGUAAUGCAAGAAGUAGAAGAUUCAGUGCAGACUCUACGGGAGCGCAGUAGCGGAGUAUCUAGACGUUAAGGUUUUUUGAAUACGGUCUCUGGAGAGGAUAUUGCUCUCAUUGUAAUUGAAUGAUACAAGGUAUUGACUAAUCUGAGCCUAUGGCAGCUCCACCUCUAGUUUGAACCAGCUUUUUGGGUUUGUUUGGAGUUUACUAUGCAGAGGCUUUCCGUGCUCUAUGCUGGAGCUUGUAUAUAUAGUCGGUGUCCACCAUCGUUUAUCUCGGGGACCCUUCUAUUUUAAACCUAUCAUGCUUUCUUUAGAAUAUACAUUUCUUCUGCAGUAUUAAUGUGACACUCUCUGAAAGAGAUACCAAAAAUGUUGCAGCAAUCUAACGAUUUAAAUGCAGUUUGUUCUUUCCUCCUCCCUCCGAUUGUCUCUAUGGGUCCAUACAAGAAGAAUAACAUUUCACACAUUAAUAUAUUGGUAUUUGGGCUUAAUUAAGCAACAUUAGCUGCAAAAUAUUUUAUUUUGAUUUAAAAUGCUAAACCACGUUUUGAAUUUAUGUAAAAAAUAAAUGUAAAAAAUUGUAUCUUAAUUGAUUCAUUAAAGGGGUUCUCCAUGAAUUAAGAAAAUGAAAAUACUUAAAUAUUA